AUGGCUGGAAAUAACCAUCCAGUUGAGCUGAUUUCUAUCGACUCAGACGAUGAUUUGGAGGUGACACACUAUUCAACUCCUGCAAGCAAUCGGGGUAUUGCGAAGCCUCGAAACGCAACGCCAAUCAAGUCGGAGACUACGCGCACCCCCACUGGGCCAUCAAGUGUGGUGAAACCCCAGCCCGUGGAUAGCGAUUCCGACAAUUUCAACGAUGGCGAGACGGCCUACAAGAAAUUCAAGGACCGAAAAUCCCUGAAGCGCAGGCAGAGCGCUGCGGCUACUCGCAAAACGAAAGCUCCCAGGAACGAUGCAGACGCGAUCGUUGGUCGAGUGAAGCCAGAGCGACCAAAGCCUGUCCAGAAGCGGCCACUAAAGCAAUAUGGCGAGGUUUCCUCUGAAGAUGAACUCUUAGAAGACGCAUUGCCUGGCUAUCUCAAAACUCGCCGUACUCAGUUUGAUCGCAAACAAGAGCGUUUGCAAGAUCUCGGUCUGAAAUUGCCACCAUCCUAUGAUGAUGUCGAUUUCUCCGACGAUGAACGCCUCGAAGAACUUCAAGAACGGCCUGUCUUCUUGAACACCGAACCGAAACAGGAAUACAAAGACAUCCAACUUCCAUAUUCUCUUGGGAUCAUUCCCGCACCAAUUGCCCAGUGGCUUCGCCAGUACCAAGUGGAAGGUGCCGCGUUUCUUCACGAGCUUUUUGUGUAUCAAAAGGGUGGUGUCCUCGGUGAUGAUAUGGGUCUCGGCAAGACCAUCCAGGUGAUUGCUUUCUUGACCGCCGCCUACGGGAAAACAGGCGAUGAACGGGAUGCCAAGCGCAUGCGAAAGAUGCGGAGAUCUGACGACAGUGCGUGGUACCCACGUACCCUCAUCGUUUGCCCUGGAACACUGAUUUCCAACUGGAAGGCCGAGUUUGCACGAUGGGGAUGGUGGCAUGUUGAUAGCUACCAUGGCGAAAAUAAGGACAUCGCCCUCCAUGCAGCCAAGUCUGGACGGGUAGAAAUAUUGAUCACUACCUACACCACCUACAUGAACAACAAGGGCUCAAUCAAUAUGAUUGACUGGGACUGUGUGAUUGCAGAUGAGUGCCACAAAAUUAAGGAACGCAAGUCGGAAACCACCCAGUCUAUGAAUGAGAUUAACGCGCUGUGUCGUAUCGGUCUCACCGGCACUGCAAUUCAAAACAAAUACGAGGAGCUAUGGACUCUUCUCAACUGGACCAACCCUGGGAUGCUUGGACCAGUCUCCACCUGGAAGGCCCAGAUCUGCGAGCCGUUAAAGAUUGGACAAUCACACGACGCAACCCUGAGUGAGCUCAGCAGAGCCCGAAAAACGGCUAAGAAGCUGGUUGAGAACCUACUUCCCCAGUUUUUCAUCAGAAGGAUGAAGACACUGAUAGCAGAUCAGCUGCCUAAAAAGAGCGAUCGUGUCGUCUUCUGUCCUCUGACUGAGACCCAGGCCGAAGCUUACGAGAAUUUCCUUGACAGCGAUAUUGUUGAAUAUAUCAAGAAUUCUACACAGCCAUGCGACUGCGGUUCGGGGAAGAAAGCUGGAUGGUGUUGCUACAAGCAUAUUCCAGGCAGAGAUCCUCCUGCAUGGCAAUCUUAUGUCUUCCCCGCCAUUACUGUUCUUCAAAAGCUCAGUAAUCACCUGGCUAUUCUAAUUCCCCAAGGGGCAGAUCCAAAAGAAAAGCAGGAGAAGGACAAAGCCAUGUUGGAACUUGCACUCCCCACCAAGUGGGAAGACCUGUACCGCUCGCGGGACUCAAUUGUGAAUUAUGCAAACCCUGAGUUUUGCGGGAAAUGGAAGGUUCUUCGGAAACUGUUGAAAUGGUGGCAUUCCAACGGGGAUAAGGUCCUCAUAUUCUCACAUAGCGUGCGUCUCCUGAAGAUGUUACAGAUGCUGUUUCACCACACGAGUUAUAAUGUUAGCUACCUAGAUGGGUCAAUGAGUUACGAUGAGCGAGCAAAGGCCGUUGACGAUUUCAACUCUGAUCCCAGGCAGUUUGUCUUCCUCAUAUCGACCAAAGCCGGUGGCGUCGGUCUCAACAUCACAUCGGCGAACAAGGUUGUAGUGGUCGAUCCGAAUUGGAAUCCCUCAUAUGACCUGCAAGCCCAAGAUCGUGCCUACCGUAUAGGCCAACACCGUGAUGUCGAGGUUUUCCGACUCAUAUCUGCUGGUACGAUCGAAGAGAUUGUCUACGCUCGCCAGAUUUACAAACAGCAGCAAGCAAACAUCGGUUACAAUGCCAGCUCGGAGCGCCGCUACUUCAAAGGCGUGCAAGAAAAGAAGGAUCAAAAGGGUGAGAUCUUUGGUCUACGCAAUUUCUUCGGGUAUCAGAACAACAACAUCGUGCUGCGCGACAUUGUCAACAGAACCAACGUCGCCGAAAGUCGAGCAGGCGUCCAAGUCGUUGACGUAGAUUUGAAAGCUGAAGAAGAGGCCCACGACUUCACAGAACGACCCAUGAAAGCGGAAGAAGAGGCAAUGAGCCAACUGGCUACAAUGAUCUGCACGGGUGACGAAGAGAAACCGAAGCCAUCGACCUCAUCCUCAACAAACCUGCCUACGCCCCACAAGCACGAUCCUGUCCAGGCAAUCCUCGCUGGUGCAGGUGUUGAAUAUACCCACCUGAACAACGAAGUCAUCGGGUCUUCGCGCGUCGAAGAGGAUUUGAGUCGUCGCGCUAAGCUUGCGCCUGAUGAUACUACCGGUGAUCGGCAGGUGUUCAUGUCCUCCCAACCUGUUUCUGAUAAAGCCAAGGAACCUGUGCGGUUCAAGUAUCAUCCCCCCGAGGAUGUGAGGCGGCGCCAGUUUUGCAGCAUGGCGAGGCACUUUGGAUAUGCUGAUGCUACCGAGUUUGCGCUUGUUGUUGAAAGUAUGACGCAAGAGCAGAGGAGGGCUUGUCUUGAUACUUGGUAUCGGGAGAGGAGGGAGCUUCUGCUUUCGAGGGAUGAAGAGGGCGUUAAGCAUGAAGCUCCUGGUAAGCAGGACGUCAAAAAUGAGAAUGUCAAAGGGGAAGAGAGUAUCAAAGAUGAGCAGAUUUAUCUUUAA